UCAAAUAAUAUUUAUUAUCAUGGCUUCAUCAUUUAUCUUGAAGAACAGUAAAAUUUUGAAAAUACUUUCAAGAACGUUUUCUAUCUCAAGUCACAACAAUAAGGCAGCAUAUAUAGUAAGUGCAGUACGCACUCCUAUUGGUUCAUUCCAAAGUAGCCUGUCAUCAUUAUCAGCUCCACAACUUGGUUCAGUUGCUAUUAAAGGGGCAGUUGAGAAUGCAAAAAUAACUGUAAAUGAUGUACAGGAGGUCUAUAUGGGGCAUGUUUGUAUUGCAGGUUUAGGUCAAGCACCUGCUCGGCAAGCUGCAAUUGGAGCAGGGCUGCCACAAAGUGCUGAUUGUACUACUAUAAACAAGGUCUGUGCAUCUGGUAUGAAAUCAAUUAUGAUGGCUGCUCAAAGCAUAUCUUGUGGUUCUAAUGAAGUUAUGGUUGCAGGUGGUCAAGAAAGCAUGUCAAAUGUUCCAUUUUAUCUGAAGCGUGAACCGCUUAGUUAUGGCGGUAAUUCUUUGAUUGAUGGAAUUGUUUUUGAUGGUUUAACUGAUGCAUAUGAUAAAAUUCACAUGGGCCUUUGUGCCGAAGGUACAGUUUCAAAAUAUCACAUAACUCGCGAAGAACAAGAUGCUUAUGCUAUAGCCUCAUAUACCAAAAGCAAAGCUGCAUGGGAGAGUGGUGUAUUUGAAAAAGAAGUUAUUCCUGUAUCUGUACCGAAUAAAAAAGGUUCGCCAAAGAUAGUAUCCAUUGAUGAAGAAUUUACAAAGGUCAAUUUUGAAAAAGUGCCAUCUUUACGCCCAGUGUUUAAAAAGGAUGGUACUAUAACGGCUGCAAAUGCAAGUACAUUAAACGAUGGUGCAGCAGCUAUGGUGCUUAUGUCAGAACCUGCUCUGAAAAGGCAUAAUUCAUUGCCACUUGCAGUGAUCGUAGGUUUUGCUGAUGCUGCUUGCGCUCCUGUAGAUUUUUCAAUUGCACCAGCUCUUGCUAUUCCGAAGGCUUUAAAAAACUCUGGUUUAUCAAUCAGCGAUAUGUCCAUGAUUGAGAUCAAUGAAGCAUUUAGUUCAGUUGUGCUAGCAAAUAUAAAAGAACUUUCUCUAGAUCCUUCUAAAGUAAAUAUACAUGGCGGUGCUGUUUCAAUUGGUCACCCAAUCGGGAUGUCCGGAUGUCGUAUAGUGGCUCAUUUAGUACAUAAUUUGAAUCGAGGAGAGUAUGGAGUAGCUGCUAUAUGCAAUGGAGGUGGUGGAUCGUCCGCUAUUGUAAUUAAAAAGCUAUAAUCAUAAUGAAUAAUUGAAAAAAUUUAAAUAAAAUUUUGAUAUUUUUACGUUUAAACUCACGAUAUAAAUGUAAUUUAUAUCUUGAUAUGAUUUUGUUUACAAGUUUUUUUGAGUGCAUUGAUCUUAUUUACACUUUUUAGAGAUAACAAAGUUUUCAUA